AUAGAACUAUUUAAGAUUUUAGUUUGGAAUGGAGCAGUGACAAUAAAGAAUUACUUCCUGUUAAAAACUACUAAUUAAAACUACAAUUUUGAUCAGCAAAAGCAUUUCUUCAUUAAUAAAAAAAUUUUCAGAAGAAGUUUUAAUACUUCGAAUUUUCGCAGAAAGUUAAAAAAAAAUAUCAGAGAAAAUGCAAUAUGAAGAACAAGCUCUAGAUGAAGAAGCAUUUGAGGAGGAAGAAGAAUCAUUUUUUCAAGAUAUUGAUCUUCUGCAAGAACAUGGAAUUAAUGUUGCUGACAUAAAAAAAUUGAAGACGUCUGGAAUAUGCACAAUUAAAGGGUUACAAAUGACAACAAAGAAAAAGUUAAAUGCAAUAAAAGGUCUCUCUGAAGCAAAAGUUGACAAAAUCAAAGAAGCUGUUGCAAAAAUAAAUAAUGCUACCUUUCUUACUGCUUUGGAAGCUUCUCAACGGCGGAAGCUAGUUUUUAGAAUUAGUACUGGAAGUGAAGUACUUAACAAGCUCAUGGGUGGUGGAGUUGAAAGUAUGGCAAUCACAGAAGCUUUUGGAGAGUUUAGAACUGGAAAGACACAACUUUCACAUACAUUAUGUGUGACUUGUCAGCUUCCUGGAGGUAAUAAUUAUACUGGUGGUAAAGCUAUGUUUGUAGACACUGAAAACACUUUUCGUCCCGAUCGUUUGAAGCAAAUUGCAGAUCGUUUUAAUCUUGAUCAUGAAGCAGUCUUAUCUAAUGUGCUCUAUGUACGAGCAUUUACAAGUGAACAUCAAAUGGAAAUUUUGGAUUUAGUAGCUUUAAAGUUUCAUGAAGAAGGAGGUGUAUAUAAGUUAUUGGUUAUUGAUUCAAUAAUGGCAUUAUUUAGAGUUGACUUUAGUGGUCGUGGUGAAUUGGCUGAUCGACAACAAAAACUUGCUCAAAUGAUGUCUAGAUUGCAGAAACUAUCUGAAGAAUACAAUGUUGCUGUAUUCAUAACCAAUCAAAUGACAUCUGAUCCAGGAGCUUCAAUGAGUUUUCAAGCUGAUCCCAAAAAACCCAUUGGUGGCCACAUUCUGGCCCAUGCGUCUACAACUCGCAUUUCGCUUCGAAAAGGAAAAGGAGAAAUGCGGAUUGCAAAAAUUUAUGAUAGCCCAGAUCUACCAGAAGAUGAAGCAACCUUUUCUAUUACUGUUGGAGGCAUAGCAGAUUGUAAAGACUAACUAUACAAGUUGAUUUGAAUUGUAAAUUUGCAAAGAAUGAACCAGAACAACUUAUGCAAUUAUUUGUGAUAAAAUAUCGGAUAGUAAAAACUUCUUGGUUUUCUUCGGUUUUUUUUGUUUUUUAAUUUGCUAUAUUUUGUAUUAUGAAAUUAUUUACAAUUUUGUAUCAUGCUGUAAUAUAAAAACGUGCUUUUGGUUGCCAUAUGUACUAUUAUUUAUUAUAAAAGAUAUUAAUUUAUGUAUUAAAAGAUAAUAAACUGUUCAAAGCAUUAUUUAGCAAUGAGUUGUUAAACUUAGCCGUUUUUAUUUUGAGAAAAUAUUAAAAAGAAUUAGUUAUAUUAUUUUAUUAGUUUGAAUGUUAAGACUUCUGAAGGUGCCAUACACUUGAACUUAAACUAUUUGCAUCUUUGGAAGAUCAUGAUUCCUACACCAGGUUGUUAAAAAUAUUGAUUAGUUUCAAAUAGUUCUCAAUUUUGGUUGAAAUUAAUGGUUAAAAUAGUUAUUUUAUUAAUUAAACUGUAAAUAUUUAAAAUAGUUAUUUUAUUGAUUGAUUCAUUGUUAGAUAUAUUAGUGCUUUCCCAUCUCUGUUCCUAAGAAAUCUGAUUGGUUGAAUAGGAUGAAGAGCAACAAAUAAUCAUCUUUGAUUGGUUUAUGUAACACUAGAAAGGAGAAGUAUAGUAAGUGAAUUCAUAUUCUUUCAAGAAGCUGUGUCAGUUAAAAGAAAAUAUUUUAUCAGUACAUUUCUUGAUUUUUUUGUUCAUCUUGUGAUGUAGAUCUUAUUUUAAUGUUUUAUGUAACUGUAAUUUGGAAAGAAAAUAAAGCUUAAUGGA